UGAACCAUGUCUGUGGCCAAUUCGCCUCCAUCGUCGUUGUCGUUCUCCUCGAUGUGCCACGUGAAUGCCACGGUGUGCUCGGGCGCGUCGUGCCUGGUGCCGCCCAGCAACUUCAACGCGGUGCUGAGCGUGGUCAUGAGCGUGGUGCUGACCACCAUGCUGGCCAUGGUCAUGUUCGCUAUGGGCUGCACCGUGGAAGUGGGCAAGCUGUGGCAGCACCUGCGCCGCCCCUGGGGCAUCGCCAUCGGCUUCCUGUGCCAGUUCGGCAUCAUGCCCUUCACCGCCUUCGCCCUCUCGCUGGCCUUCAACGUCAUGCCCGUCCAGGCCGUGGUCAUCAUCAUCAUGGGCUGCUGCCCCGGCGGAUCCAGCUCCAACAUCAUCGCCUACUGGCUGGACGGAGACAUGGACCUCAGUAUCAGCAUGACUGCGUGCUCGUCCAUCUUGGCUCUGGGGAUGAUGCCGCUGUGUCUGCUCAUCUACACGUCCAUCUGGGUGUCAACAGACACCAUCCAGAUCCCCUAUGACAGCAUCGGCAUCACGUUGGUGGCUCUACUGGUUCCUGUGGCUCUGGGCAUCUAUGUGAAAUACCGCUGGCCCAAGCAGGCCAAGAGAAUCCUCAAGGUGGGCUCCAUCCUGGGCUUUGCUCUGAUCAUCAUCAUCGCGGUGGUGGGCGGCGUGCUGUACCAGUCCUCCUGGACCAUCUCCCCCUCCCUCUGGAUCAUCGGCGCCAUCUACCCCUUCGUCGGCUUCGGCCUUGGCUUCUUCAUGGCACGCUUCGUUGGGCAGCCCUGGCAUAGGUGCCGCACCAUCGCCCUGGAGACGGGCUUCCAGAACUCCCAGCUGUGCAGCACCAUUGUCCAGCUGUCCUUCCCGCCGGAGGACCUGGAGGUCAUGUUCGCAUUCCCCCUCAUCUACAGCAUCUUCCAGCUGGGAGCUGCACUCAUGGCAGUGGCAGGUUAUCGUCUGUAUAAGAGGUGUAAGGGCGGCUCGGCGGAGGAGGACACUGAGAGGGCGGAUGCGGUGGGGGAGAAGCAGGAGUACGCCAUGGACAACCCCGCCCUCGACUGUGAUGAGAACGGCAACAAGGGAGGCAAGAACAAGUUCACCCAGCUCUGAGAACGACCCGGACUACACACACACACACACACACACACACACACACACACUCACACACACACACGCUCACCUGACCUAAAUGAACACCAGUAGCCAUAUAU